AUGAAGCUGAUAAUAACAUUUAUAUGUAUAAUAAACUUCUUCGUAUUUGUGAAUUCAAAUGAACAAUUCAUAUUUCCUCCCAAAUUCCAAACACCUGGCACAUUUGUUUCUGAAGGUUCUUUAUACUUACCUCCUGAGUCCCACACUCCUAUCCCGUAUUUUCCCGUUAAUAAAUUUGGUAGUCUUCCUUUUCCGUAUUUACCUCCUGCUCCAACUGGCACCAAAUCACCAAUUCCAUUCCCAUCGCCAUUUCCUAUACUUUUAUCUUCAACUAGAGCGCAACAUUUUGACGAUGAUGAUGAUGAUGACAAAGGUGAUGAUGAACGGAAAAGUAAACCACCUAUGUCUACUCCAAGACCUCCUUUUCCAUACACUAGAAAUAACAGAACCGAAAAUCUUCAAGAACAACAAACCCUACAUAAAAGGGACAUGAGGCAAAUUCAAAAACCCAUGCAUUACCAGCAACCAAUCGAUAGAGUUGAUGUGCGAGUACCAAAUCAAUUUCCUUCUGGAUUUUCAACACCAUCACCUAUAAAUCAAAAGCCAACACCAAGAUCUAUGAUCAUAUCAGACACUCAUAGAAAUGAUAACAUAUUUGAUCAAUUAAAAGCCGGUUCAUCACAAGGUGGAGUGUACGUGCCACCUCUAGGUGGUUUUAUUUCAUCAACUACAGAACCAGCAAUACCCAUUCUUCGAUUGUCUAAUGAAAUGGAUUUAGAUGGAAGCUUCAGUUACGAAGCACUAGGCGCUGAUCAAACUCAUUAUGUGCAACAUAGUCAUAUGGAAAAUCAAGGAACUGAAAAAGAAGAACAAGUAGUAGAAGGUUCAUACUCUUAUGUUGGAGAUAAUGGUCAAACGUACACUGUGCAUUAUGUAGCAGAUUCUAAUGGAUUUCGAGCUAGUGGAGAUCACCUUCCUGUAGCGCCACCCAUUCCAGAAAUUAUUCAAAGGGCCAUUCAAUAUAACUUAGCUGAAGAAGCUAAAAAGCCUCCACAUUUGAAAUCUUGGCAACCUGACGAACAUGAACGCGAUUACAACGAGAUACACGAUAAAAAUCAACGGUUUGCCAUUCCACCUCCACCGCGCAGUUUAUUUACAGGAAGAACUCCGGAAGCCUUUUCAUACGAUAUAUCACAACGAUCAAAUACACAAAAUAAUUUAGAAGCAGCAGCUAGUUCACAAACCCCAGUAAAAACUGUCGAUUUUGUGAACAACCAACAAACAAAUAACGCAGGAACUAUUACACCUCAAGUAACCUUCUUAGCUUCACAGGGAGCACAUGUCCCUUCUGCCAAUAACCCACAACAAACAGUAUCAAGAAUGUUUACAAAUGAUAAAUCAAUACCUUCUUUACCUCAAUUGGUUAAUUACGAAGCCGAUGACAGUAAUAAAGCACUAUGGAGAUGGCAAUAUGGCUUAAGUUCAAAUAAUCAUAUGAAUAAUGUAAAUCAGGCUCCAGAAAAAAAUAGCAUAUCUCGAUCUUCAGGAGAUGAUGUGGUAAUUAAUUUCAAUGAUAUGACGCCAGAUCAAUAUUCAAAAAUGUUACAAAACCAAAUCUCUUCAGCUACCACAAAUACUAUUGAUAACAACUCCCCACGCAACUUAAAUAAUUUUCCACCACAACAGCUAUCGAAUAACCUUCAAGUCAAUGACAUGCAAGACUAUAAGUCUACGCCAAAUAAUCAACGCGAUAGCAAUUUUGAUGCAAAUUACUCUUACCUGCAAGAAAAGCAUAAUAAACUAGAAACAACUACUACAAGACAUCUAGCCCAUUUGCAUGGCACCAACAUAUUUCCCACAACGACUCCCGCAGAUGUUAUUCCAAACAAAUUUGUUACGCAAGAAUAUAACUAUGAAGACAUCAGCUAUGAACCCAGAAGAAUAAAAGCCUCUAAUCAAUAUACAACUACAAAACCAAGUUUUAACAAUAGAAAUUACAUAACAAAUGAUGAAUACAAUAAAAUGAAUACACCUAGCUAUUCCACGCAAAGUUUAUUGGAUAUUGAAAGAGGCACUACUUUUGUAGUCACACAAGCACCAACAUCAACUACUACAUCAACUAUAAUGAAAUUUACAGAUUUUAUUAGCCCCGAUAAUAAAGACAGCUUUAAACCCAUAGUUAAGAAAGUAAAUGAAGAUAAACUUCAUGAUUCAAAAGAAAUUAUAGAGGAUUCGAAUCUAGCUAAUAACAUAUUUUUGAAAAAUCUUCUAAAACCCAAAAUAAAUGAACCAGAAGAAUCAAAUAAAAUUAAUGAAAAUACAGAAAAACAGAUGCACAAAAAGGUUACAGCUGCUGAAACAAAAAGUGAUAAGGUCGCAAAAUACAUAAACAUUCAAAAUAAACCUUACAACGAUAUUAAAAGUAAUAAGAAGCAACCUAUUGAUAUCUCAGAAAUAAUCAAUUACAUUACUAUGAAAAAUCAUUUCGAAUCGAGUAAACUGAACAAAGUAAAAAAUAAACCACAAAGUUUUGAUAACCGCAAACAAAAAACCGAGAUGCAAUAUGCCAACGACGAUGACGAAAACGAGAGAUUUGAAACAUACAGCCAAAAACAUACUAAUAAUGGCAUGUUCAAUGUAUAUCCUCAAAUUGGAGAAUUACGUGGCAAUAUUAAAAACUACAAAGUACUGCAAAGGAAUAAUAAUUUAAGUAACGGUUACGACUCUAAUCAACUGAAGAGGGAAUUAGUCCCUCCCCCAGUGAAACUAUUACAAUCCCAAAACUUACCACCACUCGGGAGAGCUGGACCAUCAACGAAAAGCUAUUUACCACCAAUUUAUGUAUAA